AUGGCCCUUUCUUGGAAGCAGAGGUCUGGCUUUCUGCAUGUUGUCGAAGAUAUUCUUGGAGUUUUUGACGAAUCACGUAUCAUACCUUUUCUGGAUCUAUUAAUGGGAUGCGUGGUUCGGUUAUUGGGAAGCUGCACUUCAAGUCUUGAUGCUGAGAAGGAUGCUGGAUCUUCUGUAGUAGAAGACAAUUCUACUGACAACAAGAAAUUGUACGAGAACGACAAUGCGAUAUUAAAUCAAGCAGCGAGAAGCACAGCUGUGAAGCAGUUCAAGGAUUUGCGGUCUUUGUGCCUAAGAAUUGUUUCCUUUGUUCUGAACAAGUAUGAUGAUCAUGAUUUUGGCAAUGAAUUCUGGGAAUUGUUCUUCAAAUCGGUGAAAUCUUUAAUUGACAGUUUCAAGCAGGAGGGUUCUAGUAGUGAGAAACCAAGUUCAUUGUUUUCAUGCUUUUUGGCAAUGAGUGGAAGUUCCCAUCUUGUACCACUUCUGUUCAGAGAAAAGAAUCUUGCUCCUGAUAUUUUUUCAAUAUUAACUAUCCCGACAGCUUCCGAGGCUAUUACAUCUUGUGUUCUUAAGUUCAUCGAGAAUCUGUUGAAUCUUGAAGACAAUUUGGAUGAUGAAAACAAUGCUGCACGAAGACUUCUACUUCUGCACCUUGAUAAACUCAUCAACAGCUUGCACCAUCUCUUUCAAAGUGAUAAAGCAACCAAGAGGUAUCCUGGAGAGACUCAAAUUAGAAUUUUCAAAUUCCUAUCAAAGUAUAUAAAGGAUCAAUUGCCAGCAAGGCAGCUUGUGGAUAUCUUGCUCUCAUCAUUAGCAAUGAGAUAUAAAGAUUCAGAUGUUUGCAUUGAAUAUUUGCAAUUAGUUCGAGACAUUGUUCCAGUUGUAGGAAAUGAGAGUGGUUCAAAAAUUCUUAAAGCAGUCUCUCCACUUCUUACUUCUGUUGGAUUGGAUGUGCGGUUGCCUAUUUGUGAUCUUCUUGAUGCUCUCGCUAAAAGUGAUCCUUCUUUCCUUCUUGUGGCAAAACUUCUACAUGAAUUGAAUGCUAUCUCUGCCACUGAGAUGGGUGCCCUUGAUUACGAUACAGUUUUCAAAGCUUACGAAAAAAUUGGUGUUGGUUUAUUCAAUAUUAUCCCAGAAGAUCAAGCAUUAGUUAUUUUGUCGCAUUGUGUGUACGAUAUGUCGUCAAGUGACAUAACUUUAAGGCACAGUGCUUAUAGCUCAUUGCUCUCAUUUGUUGAAUUUUCCUCCACAAUUCUUUGCGGAGAAGAUCAAAAUCAACCGGUGAUGACAAAUUGUGAAGGUUGCUGGACAAGGGCAUCUAUUCAACGCAUGAUAAAUAAGUUUCUUUUGAAAUAUAUGGGCAAUGCAAUGAAGGCAAGAAGUGCAGUUAGAAAGGAAUGGAUUGAAUUGUUGCGAGAUAUGGUGUUGAAGCUUCCAGAGGUGGCAAAGUUUAGUUCACUCAAAGCUCUGUGCUCUGAAGAUGCUGAACUAGAUUUUUUCAAUAAUAUUAUUCACUUACAGAAGCGCAUGAGAGCAAGGGCUCUGUUGCGUUUUAAAACUGUUAUCAGUGAAAGUAUCGUGUCAGAGGAUAUCUUAAAUAAAAUAUUUAUCCCCCUUUUCUUCAAUAUGUUGCUUGAAGAACAAGUAGGAAAGGGAGAGCAUAUUAAAUCUGCAUGUUUGGAAGCUCUUGCCUCAAUUUCUGCUCUCAUGGAAUGGAAGUCAUAUUAUACCUUAUUGAUUAGCCAAGAAGUCAAAGACACUCUUGACAGCAGUUUAGGUGCCAACAUGUCUGAUAGUUGUUCUACGGCCGCAUCGCGCAAAUGUGUUGGUGGUACUUCUUCAGCUAUGACACACAAGCACGGUGCCUCUGUUGGGCCUUCUGAAAUACAGGCAUGUCUUCAUAAAACUGUGCUCCCGAACAUACAAAAAUUACUGGAUUCUGAUUCUGAUAAGGUCAAUGUGAACAUUAGUGUGGCAGCACUAAAAGUUCUAAAGUUGCUUCCGGGGGACACAAUCGAUUCACAGCUUCCAAGUAUCAUUCAUCGCAUUGCAAACCAUUUAAAGAGUCGGCUGGAAAGUAUUCGUGAUGAAGCGAGGCUGGCUUUGUCCGCUUGUUUGAAAGAACUUGGGCUGGAAUAUUUGCAGUUCAUAGUCAGGGUUUUACGAGCUACCUUGAAGCGAGGGUAUGAGCUCCAUGUACUGGGAUACAGUCUCAACUUUAUCUUGUCGAAGUUUCUAUCUGGUCCUGUCUGUGGGAAGUUGGAUUAUUGUUUGGAAGAUCUUCUUUCUGUUGUAGAGAAUGAUAUUCUUGGAGAUGUUGCUGAAGAGAAAGAGGUGGAAAAGCUUGCUUCAAAAACAAAAGAAACUAGGAAGCAAAAAUCAUUUGAAACCUUGAAAAUGAUUGCACAAAACAUAACAUUCAAAAGCCAUGCUUUGAAACUUAUUUCACCUGUCACAACUCACAUGCUGAAGCAUCCGACAUCAAAGGUGAAAACUAAAUUGAAAAGUAUGCUAAAUCACAUAGCGGCUGGCAUUGAGCAUAAUCCUUCAGCUGAUCAGACUGACCUAUUUAUUUUCAUAUAUGGCCUCAUUGAAGAUGGGAUCAAAGAAGAUAAUGGUUCCUUUGAGAAUUCUUCCAGUGCAAAGGGAAAAUUACUCAGUAGAGGUGAUGUGAGUCGGACAACAGUUUCUUCAGGCCGAGUUGUUGGCACUAAAUCAGUGUGCUCACAUCUUAUUGCUGUGUUUGCUCUUGGUUUAUUCCAAAACCGUAUAAAGUGUGUGAAACUGGAUAAAAAUGCUGAUCAGCUUUUAUCAAUGCUGGAUCCAUUCAUUGGACUGCUAGGCAAUUGCUUGAGUUCUAAGUAUGAAGAUAUUUUAUCUGCAUCCCUUACAUGCCUUACUCCAUUGGUAAGACUGCCUUUGCCAUCCCUUGCAUCCCAGGCUGAUAAAAUAAAGGUGACAUUGUUGGAUAUUGCCCAAAGUUCUGUAAACACCAAUAGUCCUUUGAUGCAAUCAUGUCUAAGAUUGUUAAUUGCACUUCUGUGGAGUACUAACGUUACCCUUUCCUCCGAACAAUUGCAUCUGCUAAUUGAAUUUCCACUUUUCGUCGACCUGGAUAGAAAUCCUUCUUUCAUCGCCCUUUCACUCCUAAAAGCAAUUGUGAAUCGGAAGCUAGUUGUUCCCCAGAUGUAUGAUUUGGCUAUUCGAGUUGCAGAGCUGAUGGUAACAAGCCAAGUGGAGUCGAUUCGUAAGAAAUGCAGUCAGAUCUUUUAUGAGCAUUCAACUGGAAGAGAAGCUGCGCUUGAAAUGCUUCAUGCAAUAAUUAUCAAAUGUGGAAAAAUCAAUAUUGAAGAAUUCAAUUCUCAAGAAGAAUCUCAGAAGAAGUUUUUGGAGAAACAUGGACAAUCUUUAUUUAUCCAUUUGGUCCAGUGCUUGGCGAACGAUAUUGAUAAUAAAGUUCGCUUGAUGACCGGUGCAGUUAUAAAGCUUCUCAUUCGACGUAUAAGCUCAGAUGGACUUAAUUCCAUUAUGGACUUCAUUCUAUCUUGGUACAUGGAUGAGAAGCAAAACCUGCAAAGUCUUGGUGCUCAGACCAUGGGGUUACCAAUUGAGAUUUGUUUAGACAUGAAGGAAGAAGUUGAGCGCAUGAAGGAAGAAGUAAAGGGCAUGAAGGAAGAAAUAAAGGACAUGUCUGAUAACAUUGGGGUCUUCACUAGAAAAGCUGAGGUCAUGAAGAAGGAAAUUGAGGACAAGUCUAAAAAAAUUGAGCUUGUGAAGGAAGAAGCUAAGGGCAUGGAGGAAGAAGUUAAGAACAUGUCUGAAAAAGUUGAGGUCUUGACUAAAAAAGGCAAGGUCAUGAAGGAAGAAAUUGAGGACAAGAAGAAAAAUGUUAAGGACAAGUCUAAAAAAAUUGAGGUCACCGAGAGAAAAAUUGAGGACACGGAGAAAACAAUUGAGUCUGCUAUUAAAGUUGUUGAUAUUGAGUCUCCUCCAGAUCAUUCUGAUGCGGCUGUUCCUUUCUGGAAAGAGGCAUAUUACUCACUGGUUUUGCUGGAGAAGAUUCUAAAUUGUUUCCAUGAUCUAUGCUUUGAAAGGGACCUUGAGGAUAUAUGGGAAGCAAUAUGUGAGUUGCUCUUGCAUCCGCACACAUGGCUACGUAAUGCAUCAAGUCGUCUUGUUGCUUUCUACUUUGCCAGUGCAAACAAGGCCAUCAAGCAAGACUAUGAGAAGUCGCUGGGAAUGUUUUUCCUUAUGAGGCCAAGUAGUGUGUUCAUGAUAGCUGUCUCCCUCUGCUGCCAGCUGGAAACAGAAGUUGUUGAUGAUGCCAUGAGCAACCUGAUCACACAUAAUCUUGCCACUGCAAGUUUUGCUAUCCAUUUUUUGAUGGGAAGCACGGAAUGUGUUGAUCCUUGCAAAUACUGGUCUGCCCUUGAACAACGUGAGCAGGGGCAAUUUCUUGAGGCCUUCCAGCUGCUUGAUUCAAGAAAAGGAAAAGGCAUGCUUUUAUAUUUGAUCUCUGGUUUACGUCACCACAACAAUGGGGAUGAGUCUGAGAAUCUUCAGUAUUUUCUUGUCUCUAUUUUGCUUAAAAAAAUGGGUGAGAUUGCUCUUCAAAAGGAUGCUAUCCAGAUGGAAACUGUCUUCAAUUGUUUUAAAGAGUUUGUGGCUCAUUUCUCAAAGGAAGAAAAAGAGUUUGCAGCUCAAAUCAAUCAGGAUGACUUCCAACAUUAUGCAUUUGACAUGCUGCUGCCCUUAUAUAAAGUUUGUGAAGAAUUUGCUGGAAAAGUUAUCCAAGAUAAUUUGAAGCAGUUAGCACAAGAGGUUCGUGAUAGUAUACAAAAAGUUGUAGGCGUGGAGAAUUUUGUAAAGAUUUAUAGCAAGGUACGAACAAAUCUCAAGGUCAGGAGGGAAAAGAGGAAGCGAGAGCAAAAAGUCAUGGUUGUUACUAACCCUAUGCGACAUGCCAAGAGGAAGCUACAGGUUGCAGCUAAGAAUCGCGCCCACAAGAAAAGGAAGAUAAUGACAAUGAAAAUGGGAAGAUGGAUGCGUUAA